CUGAAGGUGAAAUUGUUGCUGGUGGAAAUAGAAAAGGAAAUAGUCUCAAACAAUUAGCUUGUCCUGAAGGAGUCAUUGUUGAUGAUUUAGGUCGAAUCUAUGUAGUCGAUUGUGCAAAUCAUCGAGUCAUGCGUUGGUGCGAAGAAGGUACUAAAGGUGAAGUUAUUGUUGGUGGAAAUGGUCCAGGAAAAGAUUCAAAUCAAUUAAAUUUCCCGACUGAUUUGUCAUUUGAUAAUGAAGGAAAUCUUUUUGUUGUUGAUUCUGAUAAUCAUCGAAUUCAAAAAUAUGAAAUAGAUUCUGAUUAA